UAAGACAUUUUAGUUACACACAAGUAACCUCCCCCUCUUCUCACCAUAGGAAAGACCCAUUCUUCUCAUAUCCUUAUCUUUUUUUUUUUAUUAUCAUUUCUUUUUGUCCCUUCAAACAAAGAGUUGAAAAGAAGUUUGAGAAACACCCCAACUUAGAUCUUCCUAGCAAUUUGUUACCCUAUAACAUAUAUCCAUAUGGACAGCCAAUUACACCAAAACAUGAACCACAAAGAAGAGAAACAGAGAAAUCAAGAAAGUGAUCCUCACAAUGACAGUAGCAGUACUGCAACCUCACCACCACCUUCAUCUUCAUCAUCUCCUUCACAUGAAUUCUCAUUCACUAUUUCCUUUCAACAAACACCAAAAUCACCUGCAGAUAAUAAAAUAAAUAAACAAAUCCCACCUUCUUCUUCUUCAUUUGCCAUAGAUUUAUCACCAGCUGAUGAUAUUUUCUUCCAUGGCCACUUACUUCCUCUUCACCUUCUUUCCCAUCUCCCCAUUUCCCCUCGCACUUCCACCAAUUCAAUGGAUAGUUUUACUCUUCCAAUAAAAGAUCAAAAAGUUCAAAAUUCCAAGAAUCAAAGAGUAUUAGAUCAUGAGGACACUUGUGAUACUACUUAUACAUCUAAGGGAAAACCAAAGGCUAAGUCUUUUUCCUUGUUUGGGCUACCAAAAGGGAGAAAAGGACAUGAAGCUAAAGAAGAAAAGGAAAACAAAGAGAGAUCACAUGAAAGGAGGAAGCUAAAAUUUGAUAUGAUGAGUCAAGUUGUGAAGAGGUACAUAAGAAUGGUUAGGCCUCUUUUAUCUUUCAGCAGCAGAAAGAAUGUGCAAUUUCAUAAUCAAGCUUAUUCUUUUUCUGGGAAUUUAUCAAGUUUAAGAGGAAAGAGUAAAGAGAUUAAUGGAAGGAAAGAGCAAUUAUAUUCAGCACCAGCUUCAAUGAGAACAUCUCCCACAAAUAGUGGUCUUCUUGUAACAACACCUGGAGCAUAUAAUUCUUCUUCUUCUUCUUCUUCAAGUGAUAGUACUAUGGAAGAGUUGCAGGCUGCUAUACAAGCUGCAAUUGCUCAUUGUAAGAAAUCUAUUUCAAUGGAAGACUAAAUCAAAUCCCAUGAUGACUAGGUUUGGAGAAGCUUUAAUUUUCUUCUGUUUUCUUUAUCCUUUUAUAGUACAGCUAGUACUAUUUUUUUUCUUUUUCAAAUUGAUUUUCUUGUGUAUCAUAAUGUAUGUAAGUAUUUUACAACAUGAUAUCGGAUAUAUUUGAUGAUUCAUGUUAAAUUUUUAACAUGGAAGCCA